AGUGUGGAUAGACUGCGAUUGAACUUGGACACAGCAACAAUGGCUUCGUGCGCCACUAACUACUCCCUCAUGCUAACGUACGCCGCCUCUGCCGUUCAUUCCCAAGACUUCCUCCCGCCCGCUCUCGUCUCUUUCAACAAUAUCGCCGUCUCCCUCGAUCGCCCGCUUCUUCUCAGACAGCGGAGAUCCGCUGCUCAGAGACCUUCCAAUGGAUCAUUCCGCGUUGUUGUCGCCGCGGUGGCUGUCGAGGCUGAUGUCGCUACUGACGAUUUGGAGGAGAAUGAAGCCAUCGUGGCUCCGCCCAAGCUAAAGAAAGGAAAAGCCGCUUUGCCUCUCAAGAGAGAUAGAACAAGGUCUAAGAGAUUUUUGGAAAUCCAAAAGCUAAGGGAAACCAAAAAGGAAUAUGACCUGAAGACAGCUAUAUCUUUGAUAAAGCAAACGUCAAACUCAAGAUUUGUUGAGUCCGCAGAAGCUCAUUUCCGUCUCAACAUUGACCCAAAAUACAAUGAUCAACAGCUGCGAGCAACGGUGAAUCUGCCUAAGGGAACUGGGCAGACUGUUAAAGUGGCUGUUCUUGCACAAGGUGAGAAGGUCGAUGAAGCCAAAAAUGCGGGAGCAGAUAUUGUUGGUGGUGAUGAUCUGAUCGAACAAAUAAAAGGAGGGUUCAUGGAGUUUGACAAGUUAAUUGCAUCCCCUGAUAUGAUGGUUAAGGUUGCUGGCCUGGGAAAGAUUCUCGGCCCACGAGGACUUAUGCCAAAUCCCAAGGCUGGUACUGUGACAAUCAACAUUGCUCAGGCUAUAGAAGAGUUCAAGAAGGGGAAAGUUGAAUACAGAGCAGACAAAACUGGGAUUGUUCACAUUCCCUUUGGGAAAGUUGAUUUCUCAGAGGAGGACCUUCUCAUAAACUUCCUCGCAGCUGUAAAAUCUGUGGAGACAAACAAGCCAAAGGGAGCAAAAGGAGUGUACUGGAAAAGCGCCCACAUUUGCUCAUCCAUGGGACCUUCCAUCAAGUUAAAUAUAAGGGAGAUGAUAGAUUACAAGCCCCCUGCUAACGCCUGAUUGAACAACUAACCUCAUGUAAAGGCCUGGCAACUUAUUAUCUUGAGAGGGUAAGAAAAAGGAGAUUUUCAUUUGGUGGUUUUGCUUCCGUAUAUGUGGGAUUGUUUUGCAACCGCCUACUUAGUUGCCAGGGGGAAGUUCUUUGUAUGGCAAUUACAUCUUCUUUGGUGCCACUUUUAUGCACAACACUCUUUAGGCCUCCUCGCAUAUUGUCCCACAUUCAGAUUUGUUUUUUCUAAUGCACUGUUGAUAACAGAGUAAA